GGAAAAUAUAUUUUUUUUAUUUUGUUUGAUGAGAAAAAAGUAUUAUUUUAACUUUUCCAAGCAGAAAAAUUACAGUAAGCUACAAUCGGAUUAGAAAUUUCCAUUUUUGACGGCUGAUUAAAUUUAACACGUAUCAAAGAUGGUAUCGACUACCAUUCGAGGUCAAUAGGCCGCUUUGAUUCUAAAUAUAUCUGAAUGAAACCGAGGAAAUUUAAGAUUUAAGUGCAUGAUCUAAAGAGGCCAAAGGUAAACGAUUAAUUGCUCAAUCUUUAGAUUACUAGAAGAGUCUAUCAGGAUUAGAAUAUGAAAAAUCUGAUAACCAUGAGUCAAGCUACUCAGAGAAGUUGAACUGUUUUCGGCUAGUUACCUUUCUUUACCUACAUUCAUUCACGUUCAUCAGGGUGCUGCCUGUCUAGAUUGCUGCUUCCAUUGAGCAACUACGAGCUUAUCAUAAGUCUAGUGAGAUUGGAGGAUCUUAAGAUGAUGAUGUGCUAUUCGUUACAUUAUGAGGUCGAUUUUUUUUAAGAAGCUUAAAGAAAAAAAGGGGGAAAAAGAAAAGAAAAAAAAGGGGAGUUUUGUGGAGUUAUUGAAAACACAUGAGUACCAAAGAUGAAGUUUCCGAUGUUGAAGAAAAAAAGGAAACGGUGGAAGAAGUUCAAGAAAAUCAAGAUUUAACAGAAUUGAAUGAAAAUAAUGACACUUCUGUGGAAGUUCCAGUACCUCUAGCUCUUUCAUCUACUCUUCAUGAACGUUUUCUACAAAUAAAGCAAAUUGUCAAGGAUGCUAUUGCAGCAAACCAUACUUUCAUGAUCUACGGCCGUGCCAAGGUAAUUCGUGACUGUCUACUAAAGAGAGGAUGGAUCGAGAAAUUUUAUCGAAGGAACAGUAAUGGUGAACAAACGAAACAUCGACAAUUGAUUGCGCGAACGUCUCGUCGUUCACGACCUCGGAAUGUUUUAGCUACUGAUCAGCUCCUGCAGAAUCAUCAACAAACCCAUCUCCAGCAGCAACAACAGCAGCAAUCCGUUCCUCAAGCUCAGCAGCAUGUAGGUGUUGAUUCUAGUCCUGUGGUUCUUCUUUCGGGUAUUGGAGAUCUCAAGGAUGAGCAGAGCCAAAGAUUAUUGAUGUCUAAAAUGCUUGCCAAUCAUACUGUCAAUUUUCUAUGGAAUUCUGGAUCAGAUUGGCCUGGAUGGCCAUCUCAAGAAAAUAAAUCGACUAUUUUUAAUCGAUUUUCAAGAGCUGGAUUUACUUCUAAGGUUGGAUUAUGUUCAAACGUCAGACAGAUGCAUUGGUAUUAUGAACCAGGGGUUGCCAAUACACUUUUCCCUCGAUGUUACAAUAUUUGCCAACCCGAUCACUUGCAUGCUUUCAUUGAUGAUUUUAGACUCACUGCAUGUGUAAGCCUUCUAAAGUGGUUUAUGGAGAAAACAGAUACUGAGGGUGAAAAUUCAAUUAUAUCAUCAACGGGAUUAGUACCUCUGAAAGCGCUUGAUUUUGCAAUUAGGCGAUGCAGUGAUUUUAUUGCUGCUCAAGCUCAUGAAGAUAUUGAUAAAGAAGGUGAAAGAGUCUGGUCUCAUCAAUGGGAUCAGUUUAUCUGCUGGUAUUAUAAAAUCAUUCAUAAUGAAACCGUCUUUCUUGGUGUUAAUACAUCUCUACAAAAGUACACAAUUGCCGCAAAGCAUAUUCUAAAAAAAAUAAGAAAAUAUUGGCAUCAAUUCGACAUGGAUGGAGUCCUAAAUAUAUGGAUCCUAAAACCUGGUAAUAAAAGUCGAGGACGUGGUAUUGUUUUAAUGAACAAACUCGAAGAUGUCGUGGCAAAAGUUAAUCCAGCAAAUAAGUCCGACACUCGUUAUGUCGUUCAAAAGUAUAUUGAGAAGCCAUUAUUAAUAUACAGUACAAAGUUUGACAUCAGACAAUGGUUCAUCGUGACUUGCGCUCAGCCCCUGACAUUAUGGAUGUACAGGGAAAGUUACCUAAGAUUUUGCUCUCAGGAAUUUCGACUUGAUGAUUUACAUGAAUCUAUUCAUUUGAGCAAUCAUGCAGUACAAUGCAAGUAUAAAAAUAGUCCCGAUCGUGAUCCAGCACUUCCUGUUGAAAAUAUGUGGGAUGCUACGACUUUCAAGCAAUUUUUAAAAUCUCAAGGCCACAGUGACGUUUGGGAAGAAUUAAUUUAUCCGGGAAUGAAGCAAGGAUUGGUUGGAUCAUUGUUAGCUAGCCAGGAAGCAAUGGAUCGUAGAAAAAAUAGCUUUGAGCUCUACGGAGCUGAUUUCAUGGUGAUGGAAGAUUUUUCUGUAUGGUUAAUUGAAAUUAACAGCCAUCCAGACAUGAGUAACAGCACGAGUGUAACAACUCGUCUUUGUAAACAAGUUAUGGAAGAUACAGUCAAGGUUGUUAUAGAUUUUCGAGAAGAUAAAAAUGCUAGUACUGGAUUAUUUGAAUUGGUUUAUAAACAGAGAAUGCCAAGUUGUCAGCCUUAUUGUGGCACUGCACUUGCUAUUCAGGGAACACGAAUAAAUACCAGUGAAAAGAAACAUAGUCCUGAUGCUAAAUUUAUACCCAAACUACCACUAAACUGUCCAUCAAGGAAGAAGUCUACAGCGAAUACAUAUAUUGGACCAGUCAUAGUUGACCUCAUUGAAGAAUUAGAGAUUCAAUUAGACCGUGAAUUAUAUACUUAUUACAAAGGAAAUUCUUCGGAUGAGUCCAAUUAUCCUUCACCAAUUGCAACCACGCCCAUUGCUCCAUCUUCACCAAACCUUUUAGCUCCUAUUCCUGUACCUUCUCUUUCUACUGAUAGUCCUAACUCAAUAAAAACUACUUCUGGUAGCUCUAGGAUUUAUCCCACACCAAAAUCACCUGUACCAAUUGAAAUUAAAAGCAAACCGAUUAAAAAUUCUCCUCAUAAAGCUCCGGUAAAAUUGAAAAAAGUUGUAAAGGAAAAAUUAAAAAAUGCAGAAACAGCAUCAGCAAAGCAAAAUAGUACGUCUAAGGUUAUAAAAAAUCAAAGAGAGUUGGCAAAAACUGCCGGAGAAUUUCGAACAGAAAAAUCUACAAAAAAAAAGAUUCAUAAUGAAGAUAAAUCGAUUGGCAAAGCAAUGAGGAAUGCAAUGAAUAAAUACAAAAAAUAUGGAUCUAUUCCAUUGGAUAUUACAACACUGCCAUCCUUAGUAAUCCCAGGGAGACCAGGAACACGUGUUAUCAGGACAGCUGUCAAUAAUAAGUUGAAAAGUGCUGUAAGUAAUCAGAAGAAGCGAGAGGAUGAAACAGAAAUGACAGAUAUGUAUGCUAUAGGUCUUGGAUUAACUAAGUGAAGUGAUUUUAAUUAACAACCUCUUUUCUGUACAUAAAAUUAUAAAUUCUGCUCAUAAUUACAAAUAGAUAGCUAAUAAAAAUUAGUAAUAAAUAAUAAUAAGGAAUUAAUUAUUGAUUGAAGAUAAAAUGAAAACACAGAAUUAUAAAAAAUUGUUUAUGUUACAAGUAACAGUGUUAUU